GCCUGAAAUGGCAGACGCCGCAUUACUGUUCAGCCUUUUUGUUCUACUCCAACAAGUUGCUGGAUCCAUCUACCUUUAUACCCGGUUGGAGGAUGUUCCCACUCCACUCUGUAACCUGGGCAUUGGUGCUGGGGAGGCUGGAAACUUGUGCAGUACCAGAGACCUCAGCUCACAAUGUUUGAACAUGAUGGGUAACAGAAAAGUGGAUAAAAACGGUGAUUGUGAAAAAGACAAUCUUCAGAAAAGUGAGCAGCAAUGUAAACAAUGCAAAAUGACCAAAGAUGAAAUGGAAUCUAAUUCUCUGACAUCCAAAGUGAAGCCAAAUGACUCAACAGUUUUUACAUGCUCAGUUCAGGAUUCUGGUGGAGGAGCUUCAUCGAUCUGUCCGUCCUGGAUCACACUCACAGGGCCUGGAUGUGAAGACCACCACUUGUUCUUGGUGGUAAAUCUGAGUGAACCUGAUGAAAUAUUUUCUACUGACAAAAACCCCACAUCGCUGACAGUGUCAGAGAGAGACAAUGUGACUUUAACCUGCCAAUUUGAACUUCGUAAAACCCGACCCUUCACUCUCCUUUGGAUCACAUCAGAAAACAAGUGUCUGUCCUCCAUUCACACUGAACAAUAUGAAGUACAUUCUAACGCACGCUGCUGUGUGGAUGGCAAGUCAGCACAAAGAAUUUUUAACCACACCUCACCCAAUCCGACUGAGAAAAUACAGUUUCUCAACCUUACUAUUCACUCAGUGGAGAUGACAGAUAGUGGCAGAUAUCUUUGUGUUUUACAUGGUAUGGAGUCAGGGCAACCUGUCUGGAAGAUUGCAGCAAACAUCUCCCUCAAUGUGACAGAGUCGUGCAUGGAAUCUACACACAGCCCCACCUCCGCAUCUGGAUCAUCUGUAGUGACCAGCAGUGGAGCUCACACAAUGGAAAGAGGUGGAGCUCACACAAACUGGAAAUAUCGAAUCACUAUGAUCAUAGCCCUAGUCUGUGUGUUUGUACCAAUUUGCGUUGUUGGGGUUUACUUAAUGAUUCGAAAAAAACAAAUGGGCAAAGAUCACUCAGCAACAGGACUGAGCAAUGAUAGUGCUCAACUAACACAGGGAAAUGAAUGUGUCGCGUACUCACUGGUUCCCAGAAGGGAACGGGCAGAUGAAAAUGAGCAUGUUGCCUACUCAGUGACAGAAGUCCCAGCACCACCAAGCCAGCCAAGGCCUGACAAAGGGCAGGAGGAAAUCCACUCAAUCCCAGCCUCCACAGAGCAUGUGUACUGUUUGAUCAAAGAACCUGCAGUUAAGGGUGAUGGAGACACGACUGAAAUUCAGGAAGUGAAAAGCGAAGACACCAGGAGCCACAAGACCUCUGCACCCAUUGAACUCAAUAACCUGUCACUGCUCAAAGAAGGAGAUCCUAUGCCUUUACUGACUGACCAAACGUACUCUUUGAUUGGCAGCGCCGGGGCAGGGAGUCUCGGAGAAACAGUGCCACAGUCUGGCCCAGAACAUGGCCUAUUUAAAAUGGAGGAAAAUCCUAUUUAUUCUAAAUAGAGGAGACCAACGCAUUCUUGAGGAACAGGAAGAUUUCAUGUUUAAAUUCGUAGCAUUGUUUUUAACAAAUAUUUAGAUAUUUUACACUGGUCAUGUUCAGGAGCAGGUAGUGAAUACUUUCCACUGCAGGUACAUGAAAGGGGUUAGGUCAGGGAAGGUUAUGCUGGAUAUUGGGAUGGAUGCAAGUGGCUAGUGCUGCACGUUGUUUUUCCAGGCUCAUAAUGGGUGCAAGAGAAAUCCAACAUAGAAGCCAAGCCUCCCUGAUCAAAUUGUCAGCAACUCUGAGCUGACCCACAUUAGGACUUUAGAGUUCUCUCUGGCAGGUGCCUGAAGCAGCCUCUAUCAGUAAAACGUCUAGCACUUGUUACAAGACCUAAAUCAGAGAUUGGUUUUACCCUGAGCCUUACCAUAGUCUGCGAGGUGGCUCCUAAAUGACUGCACCAUGUCCCCCUCCCUCAAAAUCUUGCUCCAUCCCUUUGUGAUUGAUGAUCUGUCCUUGUUGUGGUGACUGAUGCUCACACUCUGGAACUGAAGCAAGGGCCAAGAUUUCCCCUUUUCCUCCCUGAGAAAUGGUAGCCAAGGCGCUAGAAAGAUAAUUAAAGAAGAUAUCCACGUCUCUCCCACCAAGUCCAAAAUGAAAUUCUGGUGAUGAGAUCCCACUGUAAAAUCAGCACCCUCUGGUACUGAAUUAAUGAUCACAUAAGGGCUUCAUUCCAUCUGAAGUGCAAUUACUUCAGCCCCAGACAAGGUGAUCCUGAGCUUGCUAAGCCAGGUACAGGCAGGUCAGCUUGUUGAGGAGGUUGGGAGAAAGUUGAGUCCUUGAUUUGUGGAGGUCCAAGGGAAUUGACCCUGGUUGCAGGUGUCUCUGGGCUGCUGUCAGUCUUCCCACUGCCCUUUCUGCUUACCCAUUCUUCCGUUGAGCCCCAACUCCACUGAGCCCUGUUCCCUGCACAAAUAACACGUCUCCCUCACUCUGAUCAUCCACCUGAGUGUCCAAGGCACCCAACAGAAACAAUUGUCAGCUUCUGGAGAUACUGGCUUCUGCUGGGACUUCCUGCGAAGGGUAAUAUCCAAAACAUUGACUGCUCCUUUCCUCCAGAUACUGCCUGGCCUGCUGUGUUCUUCCAGCCUCCUGUCUACCUUGGAUUCCAGCAUCCAUGGUUUUUUUCGUCUCUUGUAAUUUCAGUGGGCAGUCCAUCAGUGGUUUGAUUGAUUUGUGAUCUGGAAGCCUUUCUGAACAACAUAGGCUUACAUUCUACCUGACUCAGCAUAAUUGGACAAAUAUGUUUUGUGGUGAAAUAAGAUCCAACUUUUAGGCUCCAUUGUCAGGACCCAGAAUUGGUGCAGAGUGGGUUUCACACAGAGCCAACUCCAUUUGGUACAAUGUGUAUUGCUUGGCACAGUGGGCCCCAAAAGCAAAAACAAGUGAUAGCGUACAGGAUUGGGAUUUAUUUUAAAAACCAGCAGCAUGUGAUGAAAAAGCUAAUAGAAGGAGAAAAUUUAUGAUGGAAGUAAAUUGGCAAGGUUAGAAAAAGAAGCAGCGAGAACUUCAGUGGGAAUCUAGAAAGUAAGAGAGUGACUAAAGUAAGUGUUGGCUCUCUUGGAAGGCAGCGUGGUGGCUCAGUGGUUAUCACUGCUGCCUCACAGUGCCAGGGACCUGGAUUCAACCCCACCCUUGGGUUCUCCACUAAUUGUCUGUGGUUCGCACAUUCUCCCUGUGUCUGUGUGAGUUUCGUCUGGUUUUCUCCUACAGUCCAAAGAUGUGCAGACUAGGUGAAUUGGCUAUGCUGUAGUUUCCAGGGAUGUGUAGAUAAAGUGGGUUAGACAUGGGGAAUGGGUCUGGGUGAGAUGCUGUAGGUCAGUGUGGACUUGUUGGGGCUAAUUUUUUUUGUUUAUUAGAUUUCCUACAGUGUGGAAACAGGCCCUUCGGCCCAACAAGUCCCACCGCCCCUUGGAGCAUCCCACCCAUACCCAUCCUCCUCUAACCCAUAUACCCCUGAACACUACAGGCAAUUUAACAUGGCCAAUUCACCUAGCCUGCACAUCUUUGGACUGUGAGAGGAAACUGGAGCACCUGGAGAAAACCCACACAGACACGGGGAGAAUGUGCAAACUCCACACAGACAGUUGCCCAAGGCUGGAAUCGAAACCUGGUCCCUGGCGCUGUGAGGCUGCAGUGCUAACCACUGAGCCACCGUUCUGUCCAUCAAAUGGCUUGUUUCCACAUGGUAGGGAUUCUAUUUUAUGAAACAGUUGGAUAUAAAAAACCUGCAAAUGCCACAUAUCUGAAACAAACAAAAACAGAAGCCAUGGUUCUCCUUCAGCAUCUAACCUUUCUGUUCCAGUAAUGCUUUGUUGAUGAUAGCUUUAACAUUAUGUCCACACAUCAAGACAACUUUUUUGUCUUUUAACAUCAUGACAUGAAAAGAGUUCUGCCCAGCUUUGCAUGACCUUCCAGGCCAGCACAUUCACGCAUUCAGUUCAGGCGUGACAGAGAGGGAGGCUGGAAUGAUGGUUGGUCCAUGAAAUAGGUCAUCAGUUAAGGGGAGGCAAUGGCUUUGUGGUAUUAUCGCUGGACUGUUCAUCAGGAGCCCCAGGUGGGAUCGAAUCCCACCAUGGCAGAUGGUGGAAUUUGAGUUCAAUUAAAUAUUUGGAAAUAAUAAUCUAAUGAUGACCAUGAAACCAUUGUUGAUUGUUGGAAAAACCCAUGUGGUUCAUUCAUGUCCUUUAGGGAGUGAAACUGCCAUCCAUACCUGGUCUGGCCUACAUGAGACUCCAGACGCACAGCAAUGUGGUUGACUCUGAACUGCCCUCUGGGCAAUAAAUGCUUCCUGAAGAGCAAUGCCUGGAUCCUGUGAAUGAAUAUAGAGGAAAACAAUUGCUGGAGUGCUCUUUAGACAUUGUGUCUUGGUGAUGCUUGAGGAAUGCGGAGUUUAGAGAUUCGCUCUGAAAUCUCACAGGCUGAAAAUGUGCCUCAGGAAAUUUGAACGACAAUCCACAUCCUUGAGCGCAUAAGGUUGUCAGAGAGGUGCUGAGGGAGUGCUGCAGUGUCAAAAUGCUGACUUUGGAUGUAACUUUAAAGUGAGGAUCCCUCUGACCUGUUAGUUAGCCUCUAUGAGUCCUUUGCCAUCAUUUCAACAAUCAAUAUUUUACUAUUGUUGAAUUCUACUGUUUGUAGAAACUUGGUGUGUGCAAAUUGGCUGCUGUUUCGUCAGUCACUGUAAUACACACUGAGAUGUCUCAUGGUUGUGAAAGGCGCUACAUGAAUACAAGCUGUCUUUCUGUUCAGCUAUCCAUUUUCAGGGAAGGGACAGCAAACAGAAUUCAAAUGGAAGCAGACUCCUGCAGGGGCAAAUGUGUGUUUAUCACUCACAGCAUGGAAUCUGUUUGAAGAGAUCAACCAUCUCAACUCUCCCCAACACAGGGCAGAGCUGUGGGAUCCCACAGAGAGAGACAAUGUAUCAGUUAUACAUUUGGGGCUCAUAUUGGUCUUUACCAAAUGGACUUUGAUUGGAAUGGAAAUUUGGCACAGCAUGACACUGGCUGCUGAUUUACUGUGAGAUUCACACAACUGACAAAGAUCAAUUUCAUUUCCACCACACCCACACCUGGGACUCUGCAACAACGCAUGCUGCUGUGUGAUAUGCAAAUAUAAC